AUGACCGCCGCCUUCAUGCGCGAGAACCCUGCCUUCGCCGCCGAUUCAUUCACCCCACCUGGCGAGCUUAAGACUACCAGUUUGUGCCGGGAGGUCCAGGAGGCGGCCGGCGAGCGCUGUUGGGCGAAUCCGGCAGGCGAUGACCUCGCCGUUAACAUAUCCAUUGCACCCGCCGACGUCUCGUCGGCCUCCUACAAGAGCCCCGUCAUCUCCCCCUUUGCAGAUACCGCCGCCACGUCCGUGACGCUGCGGGACUCGCUCCCAUCGCAGGAGACCGUCGGGCAGGUGCCGUACACGCAUUGGGUUGGUGCGGGCGCUCUCCUGAGGUCUCAAGCGCGAGCAGGCCGUGGCCGACCUCCCUGGCGAGCAACGUCGUCAGCGACAGACGUGCAGCUGCUUGGUUGGAGUGCUAACGCCACGCUUGCUCGCAUCGGUGACGAGGCGAGUAGUGAGAGCCUCGGGCUCGGCGAGCGCCGGGCAGGGAAGGGCGCCGCGGGCGGAGGGAGCUUGCAUACCAUUGUGGAGGGCGGGAAGGGCAACAAGGUUGUCGAGAUGGACCAGGUAGAAUGCAGGGCGCAAUACCGCUCAGUGGGCGCGCAGAAGCCGGAGCAACGGCAGGCAGCAGCGGACAAGACGAGCUUACCUGCUAGCUGGGAGGAUGCGGGCGUGGACGAUACUCCGAAGGGCGGAGGCCCGCAGGAGGAGGAUGAAGAGGAGGGCGGGGAAAUGCACAAUGUAAGCACGUCGAAGCGCCCAAGGAAUAUAUUUAAGAGGACUGUGUCGCACUUCUAA